GCUGCGGGCUGAAGAGACACAAGGGAAGUCGCCGUCGCCAGAACCAGGUCUGUCGUGGUCGCAGUCGCCGUCUGGAGCUUUCGCACCGUCUCCCCGCUUCGCCGGCCUCCCUCGCCAUGCCGUCGGAGAAGACUUUCAAGCAGCGUCGCACCUUCGAACAAAGAGUAGAAGAUGUUCGACUUAUUCGAGAGCAGCACCCCACCAAAAUCCCGGUGAUAAUAGAACGAUACAAGGGUGAGAAGCAGCUUCCUGUCUUGGAUAAAACCAAAUUCCUUGUACCUGAUCAUGUCAACAUGAGUGAACUCAUCAAGAUAAUUAGGAGGCGCCUGCAGCUCAAUGCCAAUCAAGCUUUCUUCCUAUUAGUCAAUGGACACAGCAUGGUGAGUGUGUCCACACCAAUUUCUGAAGUAUAUGAAAGUGAGAAGGAUGAAGACGGAUUCCUGUAUAUGGUGUAUGCCUCUCAGGAGACAUUUGGAAAGAAGUUGUCAGUGUAACACUAGAAAAAUACACCUGUGCUAUAAUUUAAAAAACCCUUACCAAGGAGGAAAAAAGGGAUGUUGCCAACUGACAUUGAUCAGUUCAUCUAACCACAGAUCAUCAAAAAAGUAGUAUUCCUGCCUAGGAAUUUAGGAAGUUGUUUUGUACUUUAAGCAGAAAAAAACUGAGCUCUAAUGAGCAUAUUAAGCUUUGGAAAACUAUUAUUUAACCUAGGCUGUCUCGCUUUCAAAUUUAGAAGUUGAAAAAUAAAGUACUUUGCAUUCUAAGUUGCCAAUAAAGUAGACCUUCAAGUUAUUUUGAUGCUCUUCUCCCAGAGGAAUUUGCAAUUUGAACAUUCAGAGAAAUGUCUUCUAAGUUUAUAGAACCUGCCAACUUUUUAUAGAAGGGGUUCUAGUCAACUAGAGGUAUAAACAUGUCAAGCAUAGCUCUCCCCCAGCUCCCCAACUCAUUGGCCAUAAUAGUUGGCAGAAAACAGGCUAAGUGGGGCUAAAAGAAAACUCUGAACUUGUAGUUUAGGGUCCUCAGUUCCUCUUAAUUUUCCCAAAGUCAUAUGCUCCUUUAGUCUUAGGAAGUUGGUUUCUUGUCUGUAGCGCACCAUAUAGAAAAACAUCACUGCUCAAGAGGGACUUUGAAUAACUGAUAGUUUUGGUCUCAUUUCUUAAGAUGCCGGAGGGGGGGGGGGAGUGACAUUUAUUUCCUGUUUGGGAUAAACAGCUGUUACCAGUUUUGUUCUUUGAGAACUACAGAAUGCUGAAACUAAAAUAGCAUUAAAAUUCAGAUGCCCUCUUGCUACCUUUUGGCUUCAAGCUGCAGAUGAUCCGUUUUAUGUUAACUAUUUGACUAAAAUGUUGUUAGAAUUUAUUACAUUUUUAAGAGUUUCAUUUAUCACUGUUAGGCUAAACCACCAUCAGAAUCCUUCCAUUCUAAGUGCAUGUUAAUUGUGAAGCAAACAGCAAAAAUUAAACUUUCAACUAAAACCACCAGUCUUCCUGUUACCUGCAUGAGAUUUGAGAUAUGUUUGUGGGAGUGUCACCGGAGGAUCACACACCACUCGAGACUGUAUGUGUAGCAACCAAAAUUUACCCUUGUGUAUUUAGAUAUGUGGAGUACCUGUUAGUGAAAGUUAUUUAUUGUAAUGGGGGGGGGGGGAAAGAAGCAAUAUGACUGCGUCUGGGCCCUCAAAUCCCCAAUUUUCCAUCAAUUACUAUUCCUGCUGCAUGCAUCUGUAUACAUGGCUAACUUUUAAUAUGUAUAUUUUUACAUUAUGUAAAUUCUUGAUCAGCCUGUCUUGUUUAGAUUGUAUACAUUAUAUCUGACAUUCUUACAACUGUGAUCAGUAAGAUUCUUGUAAGAAGUUCUGCUUUAAAAAAAAGACUAAAUACCAUGCUGGGGGGGGGACUCACCCCACAUUAGAGGGUGGUCACUUUAUAUAGGAUCUUUAAAAUAAGUACAUUUUUAACAAACUAAGGUGAAUAAAGAAACUAAAAACUCA